AUUACCUAAGCUAUACAGGUCUGACGAUCUUCCUUUAUUAUGCACACAGGUGAUUCACUCGGGCGUCAAAAAUUUAGCCGGUUCUUAACUCGAGAUAAAGACCAAAACAACGACAGGGAAAACUGCGCUGAGAAGUUCCACGGAGGCUGGUGGUACGACGGCUGCGGUAGCGACAUCAAUGAUCGGUUCCAGAGCAACCUGAACGGCUUGUACUACAACAACGCAACAGUUGGUGAUUACAUGGGAAUACAGUGGACCACCUGGAAGGGUAAACAGGUCUCUCUCAAAGGAUCGGAAAUGAUGACGCGACCCAAAAUCGAUUAUCCGAUAACUGAACCGCCUGCAGAUUGUCAAGAGAUCUUGGAUGCUGGUCAGAACACUAGCGGUGUGUAUACCAUCCAGCACGCACGCCAGAAUAUGCAGGUCUACUGCCGCAUGGAGCCGGAGUCGGGGAAAGGAUACAUAGUGUUUCAGAGACGCCUGGACGGCUCGGUGAGCUUCGACCGAACCUGGCAGGAGUACGCCGAGGGAUUUGGGAAUCUGACCGGAGAGUUCUGGCUGGGCAACCAGAAGCUGCGUACUCUGACUCGUAACUGGGGAUGGGAGCUGGUCAUCACUCUGAAGGCGUUCGAUGGGAAAGAGGCCCGUGUUCGUUAUGAGGAAUUCGAAUUACGUCCGUACAAUUACUGGCUUAUCGUCAGUGACUUCACUAAUGAGCUUGGAGAUGCAGGUGAUUCACUCGGGAGUCAACGUCGCCAGGACUUCUCAACUCCAGAUAAAGACAAUGACAACACCGACGGGGAAAACUGCGCUGAGAAAUUCCACGGAGGCUGGUGGUACGACUGCUGCGGUAGUGACAUCAGCGACUACUUCACUAGCAACCUGAACGGCUUGUACUACAACAACGCAGCAGUCGAUGAUUACAUGGGCAUACAGUGGGUCACCUGGAAGGGUAAAAGUGUCUCUCUUAAAGGGUGUGAAAUGAUGACACGACGCAAAUGGUACACGUAACUUGUAAUAGAAAGGAUCCAUGGGACAACAGUAGAACGAGGGUGGUAAGAUGCCGGCACAGACCAAAGCUUGGAGUAUUUUUGAUCGAUAAGGUUUUGAUUGCUAAGCACUUUGUAUAAGGUUUUGGUGCCAACAAAGUUUGAAAUUACGUGAAGUGGAGAGGUAGGAAGAAAGCUGGUUUGAAAAAAAAA